UCAAAGCUACGGCACCAGAUAAAGCGCCAGCUAGUAGUGGGUCGAGCAUCAAACAGAUUCUUGAUAUCCAAGGAGCCAAGCAAGAGACUGAUAAGUGGAAAAUCCGUGUUCAGCUUACAAAACCUGUUACUCGGCCUCCGCUGGUUUGGGGAAUCGUCUGUGGAGCUGCUGCUUCGGGUAUUGCAAACUUGGAAAUUAGAAGCUUCUUGUGGCAUGACGAAGAGAUUGACGAUCUCAAUGAACCUUACCGUCCAAUUCCUUCAGGGGCUAUAUCUGAGAAUGAGGUUAUCAACCAAAUCUGGUUGUUGCUUUUAGGAGGCCUUGGGCUGGCUGGUUUCUUAGACGUGUGGGCAGGACAUAAUAUUCCUGUAAUAUUUUACCUUGCUCUAGGAGGAUCCCUGCUGUCCUACAUCUACUCAGCUCCUCCUCUAAAGCUCAAGCAGAAUGGAUGGAUUGGGAAUUUUGCUCUAGGAGCUAGCUACAUCAGUUUGCCAUGGUGA